GUGUGAGAUUGUCUUCUGUGUCUGAUUUCCUGUCCUCACUUCUCCUUUCUUCUCUCCACCCCUCAGCACCACAGAGGCAAGCUUUGGAUUAGCUCACACAACUAAUCUCAACACUGUAGGAGCCAAAGCCUGCAGAAAGUCGUAUUUUAGUUCAGGGAGCUUUUCAGGUUAGGAGGUAAUGGUUGAAAGCAUGGAUUUGGAGAAACAAGAGAAGCGUUACUGCAUCCGCAGUAAGCACGUAGUCAUCAUCUGUGUGGUGGUGGUAGUUUGCUCUGUGGCAGUGGGCCUUGGGGUGGGUCUCUCUAGGUCAGACACCACCACCACCACCACCACCACCACCACCACCGACCCCACCCUUCCCCCCACAGCAGAGCCUACUCAACCCCCUCCUUCUGACAGGGGGCCCUGCACACCUUCCACUGACUCCAGUGGGGACUGGAAGAAUUUCCGUCUGCCCAGCUAUGUGAAACCGGUCCACUAUGACCUGCACCUGGAACCGAACCUGGAUGACGACACUUAUACUGGAACUGUGGAUGUCCAUGUGGAAGUCAGCAAACCUACCCGCUACCUGUGGCUUCACAUUAGGGAGACAUUUGUCAGUGCCCUGCCCAGGCUGAAGAUGCUGAACGGCCCGGAGGGCCAGAAAGAGGUAGCAGUGAAGAGUUGUUUUGAAUAUAAACUGCACCAAUAUGUAGUAGUGGAGGCCACAGAGGAGCUACCUGUCACUGGUCCAGGAGAGGUGUACGUACUCAGCUUGGACUUCCAGGGCUGGCUCAAUGGCUCUGUGGUGGGAUUCUACAGGGUCAUUUACACUGAGAAAGAGGAGACCAAAAAAAUUGCUGCAACUGAUCAUGAGCCAACAGAUGCUCGCAAGUCCUUUCCCUGCUUUGAUGAACCCAACAAGAAGGCCACCUACAACAUCUCCAUCACUCAUGAUGCUUUGUAUGGAGCUCUGUCCAACAUGCCAUUAGAGAGCACCCAGCAACUGCAGGGCAAUAAAGUGAAGACCUUCUUCAAGAAGUCAGUUCCAAUGAGUACCUAUUUGGUAUGUUUUGCAGUGCACCGGUUUGAUUAUGUGGAAAGAAUUUCCGCCCGAGGAGUUCCUUUGAGAAUCUAUGCCCAGCCAAGUCAGUUAGAAACUGCACAAUAUGCAGCCAACACAACCAAGAUCAUCUUUGACUACUUUGAGGAAUAUUUCAACAUGGACUACUCCAUCUCAAAACUUGAUCAGAUAGCCAUCCCUGACUUUGGUACUGGUGCCAUGGAGAACUGGGGACUCAUCACCUACCGGGAGACCAACCUGUUGUAUGAUGAGAACGAGUCGUCCUCCUACAAUAAGCAGCGAGUGGCCAGUGUCAUCGCCCAUGAGCUGGUUCACCAGUGGUUUGGGAACAUUGUGACUAUGGAUUGGUGGGAUGACCUCUGGCUUAAUGAGGGCUUUGCCAGUUUCUUUGAAUACGUUGGUGUGGAAAAAGCUGAACCAAACUGGGGCAUGCGAGACAUCAUGAUCAUCAGUGAUGUGCUUCCAGUCAUGGUGGAUGAUGCCCUCCUCUCUUCUCACCCAAUCAUUGUCAAUGUGUCGACUCCAGCAGAGAUUACAUCUGUUUUUGAUACCAUCUCAUACAGCAAGGGAGCAUCCAUUCUUCGGAUGCUGGAGGACUGGAUGGGUAAAGACGUGUUCAGAGAUGGCUGUCGUAAAUAUUUGAAAGACUACUACUUCAAGAACGCCAAAACAGCCAACUUCUGGGCAUCGCUUGCCGAUGCGAGUGGGUUGCCAGUUGCAGAGGUAAUGGAUACAUGGACCAAACAGAUGGGUUAUCCUGUGCUGGACCUGUCUGUGUCAGAGACAAGUGCCAAGCUGAACCAAAGGCGCUUCCUCCUGGAUCCUAAAGCUGAUGCCAGCCAGCCUCCUUCACCUUUUGGGUACAAGUGGACGAUUCCAGUCAAAUGGCACUCUGUGAAAAGUGACAAGAAUAUGCUGGAUAUGUUUGACAAGAACAGCAUAGAGUAUGUCAUCAGUAACUACUCACUCUCUGUGGAUGGGCUGCUGAAGGUUAACAACGAUCACCUUGGAUUCUACAGAGUCAACCAUGAAAACUCUAUGUGGGACGACAUUAGUCAACAGCUUCAACAGAAUCAUUCGGAGUUCGAUGCAGCUGAUCGAACAAGCUACAUUGAUGACGUUUUUGCUUUUGCAAGGGCUGAUAUCAUAGAUUAUGGUAAUGCCUUCAACCUCACCAUGUACCUGACAAAUGAGACCGACUACAUAGUCUGGAGCCGUGUGUCUUCUUCUAUCGCCUAUGUUAGGGACAUGCUUUCAGGCAAUGCUGCACUCUACCCAAAGUUUCAGCAACUGUUUCGUGGCCAUGUUGAUUCAAUAGCAAGGAAACUUGGAUGGAAUGAUGUAGGGACACAGACGGAGAGGUUACUGAGGGAGACUGCGCUCAGCCUCGCUUGUCAGAUGGGAAAUCAGGAGGCUCUGAAUCAAGCAUCUCAAAUUUUUGACCAGUGGAUUGAUGGCAGUCUCAGCAGUGUAGCUGUGAACCUGAGACUGCUGGUCUAUCGAUACGGCAUGAAGAACUCUGGCACCAAAGAGAAGUGGGACAUAAUGUUCCAGAGGUACAAAGAUACAACUUUGGCUCAAGAGAAGGACAAGCUGCUGUAUGGACUGGCAUCUGUGGAGAACGUGGCACUCCUCUACAAUCUCCUGGAGGCUGCAAAAGAUGAGAAUGUGGUGAGGAGUCAGGAUCUGUUCACUCUGGUGCGAUACGUGUCCUACAACCCACUGGGGCAGAGCAUGGCCUGGGACUGGACCACACUCAACUGGGACUACCUUGUCAGCAGGUACACCAUCAAUGACAGGAACCUUGGUCGCCUGCUGACCCAGAUCUCCACGACCUACAACACAGAGCUCCAGCUGUGGAAGAUGGAGCAUUUCUUCAGUCAGACACCAGAUGCUGGUGCUGGGGAGAUGCCCCGGCAGCAGGCGCUGGAGACGGUGAGGAACAACAUUGAAUGGAUCAGGAGGAAUGAAAACGAGAUCAGUCGGUGGCUGGAGAACAACGUUGCCUAAAACACUGCAGGGAUACGGACACACUGUACCUGUAAACAACUAGAGGAUCUCCAGACCCCUAUGGCGUUUUCACAUUCAGCACAUACAGGGUGUGGCCCAGUUGAGUUUCUGUUCUUUUUUUUUUGUUUUGAAGGGCCAAAGCAGGGGGCUGUGAUGUGAAUCAACAUUGGAAAACAGGAAAAUCAAAAGAAAUACCCACGUUCUUACUUAGAAGUACUUCACAGUCACAAAAUGCGCUCAUAACAUGAUCUCCUAAGGGAAAGUUUCAUUCUCCAAAUUGUAGUAGUCAAACAUCUGCAUCCAGUUAAAAUCCGUUUAGAAGAGUUUGCUUUGGGCCUUUAAGAAUAAUGUACAAACUGCUGUCCAAUAUUAAUAAUGUGCACAAUAAGACUAUUAGGCAUGGGUUAUGAAUAAGUAGAGUUUCUGUCUAUUAAAUGUAGCUUCCACAAAACAGUCACUAAUCUAUCUCUCUCUGAAGGCAUCAGCUGUCCAUUUAUCUUGUACUGACUCUCCUCAUUGUAUGUUAAGCAUUUUUAUAACAUUUUUUUCAAUAUGUUUUUUUUUUUUUAAUGUAAUGUUAACUUAUAAAAGACAUCUGAAUAAUUUGGUUUUCAACAAGUGACAAAUGUUGGUAUUGUAUUUAAUUGAAUUAAAGUCUUUAAACAGCAGGUUUGUCAGGUCUGUCA